UAGGUCCUUAGUUCUGCAAAACAAAAACAGCAAAAAGCAAAUUUGGAAGGAUAUGAAACUUGAGAUUUAUCGACGAAGCCGGUUGGAGGUUUGAGACUCGCUCGCUCGCAAACAUGCUGAAGAUGUUGCAGACGACCACAAUUGCUUCUCCUUUGAGUGAUCCAUACUUAAAGGCUCGGACUAAAACCGAGUUGAACUCAAUUAAACUGACCCAUUUACAGAUCAAAACUCAAGUUGUGCAAAACAGAAACAGCAAAAAGCAAAUUUGAAAGGAUAUGAAACUUGAGAUUUAUCGACGAAGCCGGUUGGAGGUUUGAGACUCGCUUGGUCGCUCACAGACGUGCUGAAAAUGAUGCGGACGACCACAUUUGCUUCUCCUUUGAAGGUUGGUUAUGGCAUCGGCAGCAGACAGAGAGUGAAAGUGAGAGGUAUGCCGUCUGUGCCUUGUCUUCUUCUUCAUAAAUGUACUCUUUUUCUGUUCUUCAACAAUUACUUGGCUCCGUUUCACUCUCGACCUUCUUAUCCAACCAAAUCUGCAAAAACCCAAUUGCUUCAGCGUGUCAAAGUAACUAAUCUUGAGGAUGCACUCCAUGUGUUCGACGAAAUGCUUCAAAUGCGUCCUCUGCCUUCCGUUGUCCAUUUCACUCAAAUCUUGACUCAAGUCGCUAAGUUAAAACAUUAUUCGGCAGUCGUCUCCUUGAAUAACCGAAUGUGUGCGUCGGGAAUGCGUCCUAAUGUGUACACCCUAACCAUAAUGAUUAAUUGCUUUUCCCAUCUCAACCAAAUGGGGUUUAGUUUGUCUGUCUUGGGAACAUUCUUCAAACUUGGUUUUGAACCGAAUGUGGUGACCUUCAACACAUUAAUCAAUGGCUUCCUUCUUGAGGAUAGAGAGGCUGAUGCUGUCCGGAUUCUGAAUAAUAUGAUGGAGAGUGGUAAUUGUAAGCCAGACGUGUUUACAUUCAACACACUAGUAAAGGGUCUGUGCAUGAAAGGUAACAAUAUUGCAGCUAUUCAACUACUUAGGCAACUGGAAGAAGGAGGUUUGAAGCCUGACAUUGUUUCCUAUAACACGAUCAUUGACAGUCUAUGCAAGGAUACUAUGGUUGUUGAUGCUUUGAACCUUUUCUCUGAAAUGAUGAGUAAAUGUAUUGACCCCAACAUCAUUACCUAUAAUACUUUGAUUCACGGAGUGUGCAAAUUAGGGGAGUGGAAAGAAGCUGCGAGACUGUUGAAUGAAAUGGUGAGCAAAGGUAUCUUUCCAGAUCUGCAAACCUUCAAUGUUUUGGUAGACACCCUUUGUAAGGAGGGCUUGAUUGGGAAAGCAAAAGGCAUGGUCGAAAUGAUGACCGAAAGAGGUAUUGAGCCUAACGUGGUUACUUACAAUUCGCUCAUGGAUGGUUUUUGCUUGCGAGGAGAAAUGAGUGAGGCGAAGGAAGUCUUUGAUCUAAUGCUUCGCCAGGGAUCCAUUGUUAAUGCUUAUAGUUAUAACAUAUUGAUAAAUGGCUAUUGUAAGCAUAGAAGGAUAGAUGAGGCAAUGCUGCAUUUUAAGGAAAUGUCUGGUGGAGGACUGGUUCCAAAUACUGUUACUUAUAGCACACUAAUAGAUGGUUUCUGCAAGCAAGGCAGAAUACGCGAUGCACAAAAGCUGUUUUCCAAGAUGCAAGCUUGUGGCCUUCUUCCAAAUGUUCAAACUUAUGCUGUAUUACUGGAUGGUCUGUGUAAAAACCAACAAUUGUCUAAAGCAAUUGAAUUGUUUGAAGAGAUGAAGGGCAAGAAUUUGGAUCCAAAUAUUGUGGUUUACAGUAUUCUUAUCGAAGGUUUGUGCAUAAGUGGAAAAGUUGAAUGCGCAAAGGAUCUCUUUAGCAGUUUAUCAUCAAAAGGACUUCAGCUUAAUGUCAAGACGUUUACCAUAAUGAUUAGUGGACUUUGUAAUGCGGGUCUCAUAGAUGAAGCAGAAAGUUUACUUUCAGAAAUGAAAGCGAUAGGCUGUUCGCCGGAUGGUUGCACCUAUAACACAAUUAUCCGAGGGCUUUUUAAUAACAAUGAGACAUCAAGGGCGAUGGGACUUAUUCAACAAAUGGUGGAGAAUGGUUUUUCUGCAGAUGCAUCAACAGCUGAAUUGGUUCUUGAGUUAUUGUCUAAAGAUAAAGUAGAUCCCGCUUUGUUGCCGUUGAUAGAAUAAGCACUAUGAAGUCAAUUUGCAUAUUUGAAUGUCGAAACAGAACCUACUCAUGAACUUUGAAGCUACUACGGCUUUGAAAACUGUGGAUGUUAUCUGUACUCCAUUUGAUUAAUUCUCACUGUUGCCUUGAGAGCCAAACUUUUAGCAUAUGGUCAUAUCUGAUUGAUCAAUGUCAUGGUGUGGAACCGCAACGCCUAACAUUCAGGUGUGUGAUGGUGUCUUGCAGCAGGAUUAUUCCGACUAAUGUUGAUGUGAUUCACAUUCUAAAUUUCAGCUGCACUAAAUUUCUGCUGUAGGAUUAUUCCUUUUUUUUCUUUUUCUUUUGCUAUAUCUACUCAGCUGCAAGUUUCAGUUUUCAAAGCAGAGUGUUUCGGCUUAGUUACCUAUCGGGAGGAAGCGUCAGGCUACUUGUGGGUAGGCGUUUUGUCAACUUUGUUAGAGGUAUGCUGCUUGUUA